AUGUUUGCUGUUCUUUGGAACGAUGAUGCCACGGGGCCCAAUACUUCAAUGCUGGCUGGAACUAUCGGCAUCUAUGCUGGGCCCCACGUUCUGUUGCUGUUUCCGGACGAAGACAAUGACAAGGAUGCAGUCCCCAAGGAAAGGAAGCAGCAGGCCGUCGACAUGAUGGAGGAGGUCUUGGUAGCGUUUAAGCCGGAUGAGAAGCGAAAAGAAAAAGACGGAGAAGAGGGCGUCACCAAGGAGAUGAAGCAGCAGGCGAAGGAGUACUUCGACUGGAACCGCGCUUGGUAUCCCAUCGCACCUCUGGACUACCUGCACACGGACAAGCCCAACCCCGUCAAGUUGCUGGGAAAGCGAAUGGUGGUUUGGUGCUCCGACGUCGCGGAGAAUAUCUGGCACGCAGCUCUCGACAGCUGCCCCCACCGGAUGGCCCCGCUGUCCAUUGGCGAGGUUUUAGACUCCGGGGAGCUGCGCUGCCGCUACCACGGCUGGUCUUUCAAUGGAGCCGGCAGCUGCGUCUGCGUACCGCAGGCCAGAAACGAAGCAGAGGAGGCGCGGAUAAGCGGCCUGGCGCGUAGCUGCCUGACCACCUUCCCGGUGCAGGUGAAGCAGGGCUUAGUGUGGAUCUUCCCGUUCGCCGGACAAGAUGCCACCACGCAUGCCAAGAAGUCUGCGCCUUGCGUCACCCCCGAAAUGGACGGUGCCGAGUGGAUCAUGACGGUUGCGCCAGUUGGCUACCAGGUGUCUGUCGAAAACACGUUCGACCCCUCCCAUGCACCCUUCCUUCACAACGGCAUUGUCAAGUAUGCCGCAGAGCGGGCACGGGCUAUAACGAAGUUCGUCUUGCGGGACGAUGUUAUUUCUGGCAAGCGUGGCUUCGUGCUGCAACACAACGGUUAUGACGAGUCCACGGAAGGCAUCGCUGCAACGAGACAGUUCGUGCCACCGUGUUCCAAUACCACCGUCUACAAAUACGCGGAUGGGCGAGUGGAGACGAACCAGCUCUACUUCGUGCCUUGUGGCCCGCAUGAGACUCGCUACAUCGUGAACCUUGGUGCCGGUGAACGGCGCAGGCGGCUGCCGACGAUCAUGGAAGAUGUGCUCCACGUGCUUUUCUUCAACAAAAUCUUCGGAUACCGCUUCCAAGAGCAAGACUUAAUGGCCAUGUGCGGACAGGAGACGCGUACACUGGAGCGGGCGCUUCAGGAGAGUUCCAACUAUGCCUGGGGAGAGCAAUAUGUGCUCGGCACUCCGGCUGACAAGGGCGUCGAGGUGUUUCGGAGAUGGUUCUACGAGUUUGCCAAUGGAGGGCCCUACUUUCCCAGGUCCUCCAGGACGCUGCCGGCCACGGAUUCGAUGCUCUUUGACCGGUGGCAAAGACAUUCGAAGCACUGCCCGCGCUGUCGACGCGUCAUGCGGGCCUUUGGCACGGUGCAGGGCGCAGCGGGCAGGGUCUCGGUUUGCGGGCUCAUUGCCUCCGCCGUCUUCUUCUUCCUCCACCGCCGAGAAGCAACAGAAGCCGCGCUUCUCGCGACUUUGCUCUCUGCUGCUCUGGGCCGAUGGGCCGCUGCGGAGCGUUGGGGCUUUGUGUCCUCCAUGCCACUGAAGGGGCUCAUGGAAGUCUAUUGUUCGGAGCUCAGCUUUUGCUUGGCCGGCUCCGCGGACGUGAUCCACUCCACGUGGGAGGCCUUCGCAGCCAGGAACACGGACGGCACGGUCGUGACUUGGGGUAAUGCGGCCGCCGGAGGAGAUUCCAGCACUGUGAGCGCACAGCUGACGGAUGUAGACGACAUCUCUUCCAAUGGCCAAGCCUUCGCUGCAAAGAAGACGGAUGGCACAGUGGUGACGUGGGGUUUUUCAUCCAGCGGGGGGGAUUCCACUAGCGUGAGCGGGCAGCUGACGGAUGUGCAGGUGAUCUACUCCGGUGAUGCAUUGGCCUUUGCCGCGAAGAAGACAGACGGCACAGUAGUGACUUGGGGUAGCACAGGUGGCCAGCACACGGAUGUGGAAGUGGUGUACGUCGGCGGCGCCUUCGCCGCGAAGAAGACGGACGGCACCAUUGUCACUUGGGGUUCAACAGGCGUAGGAGGAGAUUCCAGCAGCGUGAGUGGCCAGCUGACCGAUGUGGAAGUAAUCUACUUCAAUCGAUUCGCUUUUGCCGCGAAGAAGACGGACGGCACAGUGGUGACAUGGGGCAACUCAGGAAAGGGAGGAGACUCCAGCAGUGUGAGCGGCCAACUGACCAACGUGGAUGAAAUUUUCUGCAGUUCGACAGGAGACACCUUUGCCGCAAAGAAGACGGACGGCAUGCCUCCCAAGCCUAGCCAUGCGCUAGCGAUGCCUAGUCGCAUCUCCGGGCUCUACACGUAUGCGACGGCGGGGAGCAGGGCAGCCGCCGUGAUGAUGGAGUUGGAACGCAACACCGAUCUGCUGGUGAGUCAGCUGAAAGACGGCCAGGCAAGCAUCACGACGGAUUCUGGCAUGAUGACGGCUCUCAGGUUGCCAGCCAUCGCGGCCAACUCGAGCUACUUGGCCAUCACUGUCAACAGCACUUCGGCCGCUUUUGCCCUGCCUUUGGAGGCCGUAGGCACGGAUUACCUUGUCGUGCUGACGGUCCUGGACAUGGAGACCUCGGAUGAAUUGGGCGGCAAGUCCCAGACAAAGGCAGGCCGCCCCAUUGAAGCCGCCCCUUUGCCCUUGGUGGACGUCACGCUCGUCGACUCGCAGACCCGGAACGCGCAGGAGGUGCGCGUGGCCGAGGACACGCCCAUCUACGUGCGGAUUGCCGCUGUGCCGCCUGAGCCCAACUGGAUCUGUGCUUAUUUGGACGGCAACAGCUGGUCGCAGGAGGGCGUGCACCUGGCGACGAUGCCAGAGCUGGAAAGAGCCUUGGGAGCCAACACGGAGACCUACGGCACUUGGUGCGCCACAUCCCACCUCUCCUUCUUCGGCGUCUUUGUUGACAUUCUCCUGGACUGCACGAACGUGAACAUGCUCACGCCAGAAGGGCUCAGAGAGAUCGUGGAGAGGCACGGCUGGUGGCUAAGGCCACCGGCUCUGGCACUUUGGCUUCUGCUCCUUGCCUUGCUGCUGCUCCUUCUUCUGGGCUGCCACUACGAUGCGCGCGCGCACCGCUCGGGGCUCUGGCGGGACGAAUACUUCCUCACGGACCUCCCCCCAACGCCCACACGGCGAAGGUGGGCGCCGUGCCGGACCUGCAGCCAUUCCGGCAUCACGAAGCCGGAGCGAGUACCUGCGCGUGAAGUCUCAGAUUCAGAACCAUCAACCCUGCCACAGCUGAGAAGCAUGCUUCAGAGGGUAAAGCCUACUUUGGCUUCCAGCUUUCAAGAGCACGCGCUCUGCCGCAACACACUGUGGGAGGCGGCCGUUUGCCACGGCUUGCACGUCAACUCCAUCGAAGCGCACAUCUGGGGCCGCCGGGGCUGGGUCCAGGGCAGCUUAGCCACCUACCGGUCUCCGCCCAUGAAGGAGCUGGCCAUGGAGAUGGAGACAAGCUUACCAUCCGCCUUCACGAAAGUCCACACAUCCCGAGCCCAUCGGGUUUGGGCUGCACUCUUGGCAACGCACCCUGUCUAUGAGAUCUUCUUGUGCGACAUCCAUACGACUGCAGCCAAGCGGGCCAAGAUCAUCAUGGACUGCGUUCUGGGCUCCCUCUGUUUCGUCGCGCUCUUCUUCUCGGUCGAUGGCUCUGCAGUCGCAGCGAGGAGCCCGGCCGAAUGUCCGAUCGAGCAGGGAGCUUUUCUGUGGUACACCUUCGUCGCGUUGUUUUCGGUGCUGCUAAAUUUCUUUCCGCGCAGUCUGGAAUGCUACCUGGCUCGGCGCAGCUUUGCACAAGUCAGGACCCUGCAUCGGCGGUAUCAGCUGUGGAACAGGUAUUGCAAGGACAUAGGGUUUUGGAUGUUCAGCAUUUUCCUGUCGCUGCUCCACCUCCUGGUCGUUGCAGCCUUUUUGGCGAACCUGUCGGAGGCCGACGAGCUUAAGUGGAUGUUCACUUUCACAGUCGUUCUGGUGAGAAAACUGGUCAUCGUUCCCCUUCUCGCCUGCCUUUUCUCAAGCCUUGGCACGGAGCUUUCGAUGUAUGCUCGCUCGGGAAAACCGAUCUUGCCAUCCAAGCAGAUGGGGCUGGAAAUUCAGAUCUCCGAGCCUGGUGGAAGCGAGGGCCAGGCGACGGUAUCUGCAGCAGCAGAAGAUCGAAAGGUCUGGUUCGAGAAGGUGAAAGAGCUGGCCGGCCGCGCUCUGACCAUCAGGCAGUUACUUGACUUCUACUGCGAGCUGGGAAGCAUGCACUUCUUUGAUCCCCUCAACUCGACGACCCACGAUGUGGUGCGGCAAGCGAUCAUCCCACAGUCACUGAAGUUGAGGGAAGCGGGCCGCUUCUUCGUCGUCACUGUUCAUCGGGCCAUCGGCUUCGUGCCUUCUUUGGGCUCCCUGUUUUGCGCGGUGUCUGUGCGAAGUCCCGAAGGCCCGCACAAGCCUUGGAAGGGCGGCGGGCGCACCUCAGCGCUGAAGAGCCAAGAACCCGUUUGGGAGGAAGCCUUCAUCGUGGAGGAUGUUUUCAAGGAGGAGAGGCUCCAUUUCAGCAUCCGUGGGGAGGAGCUCGGGAGCAUCUCGAUUGAGGUGGAGGCCGAGCCCUUCUGGGAGGGGAGCAGGGCGCAGCAGCUCAGACACCCAAGUGGCGCCCUGCUGGAGGUGUCCAUGAUGCCCUACGCAAGCAUCCAGCAAGUCAGAGAAGCCAUGGAGAAGCUUCCUCUUGAGCGACAUCGGGGUCGAGAGCAUACGACCCGCCAUCUGACCGGCAUCUCCCCAUCGACCUCCAGCAUCGCAUCCUUGCCCGGACCGGGUUGUGAAAGCCUGGAUGUCCUCAGGGAAGAAACUGACCUCGAUGAGCAUACAGUCGUGCGUGGUGGUUACUUGCCUGACAAGCUGACGAUCAGCGCUUCACGGGGGUUGCUCAGAGGACGUGAGCAAGCGAUGCAACCCGGGUAUGCUUAUGCUACCAUGAUAAAUGGCGGUCAUGCACAUCUGGCAGCGAAAAUGGUGACACACAGCUGGCGGAACAAGUUCACCCACCUCAUGGCCGCAAUUCUUGCAGAUGCUUUGGAUGCGGAGAAGUACGACGAGAUAGCACAGGGCCUGGUCGAGCGUGAGUUUGAACCGCUGACGAAGGCCUUGCGCCGCAAAGGGAGGCUCGAUGUCCGCUACUGGGUCUGCGCCUUUUCUGUGAAUCAGCACACCGGAAUUUGUGCAAGCCCGCCACUCACGGACUCGACCGGCAAUGCCAUCAUGCCCUGCACAUGCAGGACCGCCAAGCACUUCAAAGGUGACCUCAGCGAAAUGAACAAGUUUGACGACAUGAUGGCCUACAUGAAGAAGUCCUUGCGCCGACAGGGAAAGGCGCGAUUGGAGCAGGUGGUUGCGCUGGAGGUGGACUUUUCUCUCCUAACGAGGGUGUGGUGUUUGGCGGAGCUUGUCGAAGCACACGAGCUCCACCUGCUGCAGGCAAUCAAGAUCCAUUCGGUAGCUGCCCGGGACCUCUGCUUGCACAGGCUGGCUCAGCUGGAUGUCCGGGAUGCAGAAGCCUCUUUCCCCGCAGACAAGGACUUGGUCCUCAGCAAGAUCGACGACAAGGACGCCUUCAACGUGGCCCUCCAGGACCUUGUGCUGCACCGGCUGGACUCCUUCCUCCAAGCCAACAAGGCGAGCACCAGAGCUGCACUUCUUGAUGAAGUCCUCCUUGCGGGCAUCAGCCUGGCCAUGUGA